AUCCCCAACUCCUCAUUCCCGGUGGAAUCCGGACAAAGGGCUGCGAACUCAAGCCGAAGGAACGAGAAGCAAAGGAGUAUCGAUGUUAUGCUUCGAUCUCGCAGUGCAACUACCGAAUUAACGGAAGACCCUCACGAACGAAUUAGACGAUUAAAUGGACAAAAUGGUUCUAAUCAGACUGAAUCAAACGUGAACCCUAUGUGGUUUCCCUACAUACAACAGAACAAUGGUGUAGGAACUCAGGAUGCAGCUAAUGCAGCUUUAAUGAAUUAUUAUACGCAGCAAGCAAUGAACGCUAUGCUCAAUAACCCUGCGCACCCACAAACUAUGCCAGCUCUGAACCAGUUUAUGAACUGGAAUUCUCUCCCGCCAUAUAAUACAAGUCAACCAUUUCGCAAUGUUUGUCCACAUUGUGUAAAAGACGUGGUCGGAGAAUUUACUGAUACUUUUAUUGAUGCAUUUUUAAAAGGCAUUGCAGGCAAAAUGCGAGCUUUGCCAUCGCAACAGCCUUGUCAUCAUCAUCGGCACCUUUUGGAAGGAAUAGGCGUCUCUUCUCACUCAGACAGCUCAGCAACGAUUCCUGCUUAUGCAAAUGCUGAGACCUAA